AUGCCUCCACUACCAGCGUUGCUGACUCCUUUGGUUCUGGCGUCUGCCCAGAGUUCGUCGCCUACGGUCAAGACUACACCUCAGCCUGCGCUCAGUCGUUCGAUUAGCUUGUCAUCCGUGGCUUCUACCGUGGAUUUAUCGCCGUCUUCACCUGAGAUUUCGUCUGCGGCAUCUCCAGGUCUCACUUCGGCUCCGGAUUCGUCACAGAACAUAAGCAAUCUGGCGUCUACGUUGCAGUGGUCUCCUAUGGCGCCGAGUUCUCACUCCAUACGUACGGCGGCGGCAAUGUCGCGAUGGGUGACUUCUCAAGUCAUCGCUCAGGAAUCUGACAAGAGCUCCGUCUUCACUGGUGCUCCUGGCCAAACACCACCAGCGAGUCCUCGCGGAGCCUCCGAAGAUGAACACGAAGAGUCGAAAGAGAACGACUCGCCAUCUGCUUUACAACUGCAAGCUCUUGAAGACAUGUCAAGUACCGGUGUCUCGUCACACCCUAGGUCUGCUUAUCGUUCGAUACCCAUGUCGGCUUUGGAUCCUUCGCUUUCAACACCGCCUCCGGCUUCUGUACGACCAGCGUCGAAUCCGUUGAAGGUGAGGACUGCACGGCGUGGCGUGAAGCCACACACCGUGCUCAUGGAAGCACUGGCUGCCGCUCAUGCUCAGCACCCGUCGGCCGUGAUGCCUGUGGUGAAGCUCCCUGCUCCCAUCGAAGGUUGGCAGCCUCUUGUGCAGCCGUCUAAGAAGAUUCUGGCCAAGGUGCAGCGCUACCUCAAGCCCAACUUCCAGAAGAGGGGUGCGCUGAGAUGCUGGAAUCUCGUACAUUCCUUCCGCACGCCGCUGCCAGUUCUAAAAGGACUAGUAGCUGUAUGUUCGGUCGAAGGGAUACGGGCUUUCGCUGACUGGAGGAAGACUGAACACCCAUGGCGUAUUCUCGACAAAAAGUUUCCAAACACUGCCAACUUGUUUGACGUGAGUCCGUUCAUGCCGGACGUCUUCAUCUCUCUUCGUGCCCCUAAGAGAGCUCGUACCGUGAAAUUAUGGCGUCAAACACAUGGUUUUGACGCUGGGGACAAGGAAAGCGACGUUGGGCUCGCUCUGUGGGAGCGAGGUCACUGGGUUGUUCAGUCGGAGAUUGAGGCUGCUGUCAAGCGUCUUGCAGAAACCCACGGUGACAGUUCAAGCAUCGUUAAAAAAACAUGA